CCCGCAUGCGCACUGCUGAUUUCAGUCAUGGCUGCUCGUGGCUGGAGGUUGUGUGCUUUUCUCCAGAGAUGUUCCGGGUGUUCGAUGGCGAUGAAUGUUCCUACUCCUGUCAGGAUGUCCUUGCUUGUAAGGUUAAUCGGCACGAGUUCCUGUUUGCAUAAGAAGAAUAUGGCUGCUACAUUCCAUGAGAAAUAUACUGAAGAAUUCAUUAAACAACAGAUUGAAGAGUUCAACAUUGGGAAAAGACACCUUGCUAACAUGAUGGGUGAGGAUCCAGAAACAAUUGGUCAAGAGGAUAUUGAUAGAGCGAUCAGAUACCUUUUCCCAUCUGGGGUGUUUGACAAGAAGGCUAGACCAAUCAUGAAGCAUCCUCUGGAAAUCUUUCCAAAACAGAGGGCUGUCCAAUGGGGAGAAGAUGGUCGUCCUUUCAAUUACCUUUUCUACACAGGAAAGCAGUCCUACUAUUCACUUAUACAUGAUACCUAUGAACAAUUUCUUAACAUCCAGAUGUAUGAAGAUCAACUGAGAGACAAAGGUCUGUUUUCUCUGGAUUGCAAGCCAAUAAAUUUAAGUGGAAGUAGAUGGUUGACGAAAGAAGAACUGGAAGAGAUGCUGGUUGAGCACAUUUCUGACCAAGAUUACCUGUACUUUCUUCGGUUACUGGAGCGAAUGCUAUCCUUACCAUACUGCAGUAUUAAGGAAGAAUAUGUGUUGAAAUUUCGCAGAAGGAUGGAAGAUCAGUCCAAGAAACAGAUAAUUGAAGCUUUACAGUUUGAUGAGAGCGGAGUAGCUUUCAGUAAAGGAGAAGGUAAACGGAAAACAGCAAAAGCAACAGUCAUAGUUCGAGAUCAUGGAAGUGGAAACAUAACAGUGAAUGGGGUGGAUUAUUUGUUCUACUUUCCAUCACUACAAGAAAGAGAACAACUGAUGUUCCCUUUCCAAUUCCUGAACCGACUAGGAAUGCAUGACAUGGAAUGUACAGUACAUUCAGGUGGCAUAUCUGCACAAGCAGGAGCUAUUCGCUUGGCCUCUUCAAGGGCUUUGCUUAGCUUUAUCACCGAGAAAGAGGUGGAAUCCAUGAGGCAAGCUGGCUUGCUGACUCCUGAUCCUCGUGUGAGAGAGCGGAAGAAGCCUGGUCAGGAGGGAGCCCGCAGGAAGUUCACAUGGAAGAAACGUUAAUCAGUGCCUUUUCCUGUGAAGCAACCCUGAGGUGGUUUGAAAUCAGAAGCAGAACUUCAACAAGACCUGCAGUAUGGACACCUGCUCGAACAUAUUUGAGGGCUUGCAAGAUCAUUAUUGUCUCAGAUCUCAAUUUCCUGCACAUGAGAACAAAGUUUACCUAUGGUUUUAUUUAUCUGCAAAAAUUCUGGGAAUGAAUCUUUUAAUCAUUAUUUUAAAUAGUAUUCUUUUAUUAUCAGACUGUAAAUGUGGUGUUUUUGUGUAUGCUGACAUAACAUGAUAUUUAAUUCAUUUCUUUUCACAAUGACCUCAAGUGGUUGCUUUUGAUACAUUCGUUUUCUGGUCUGUAUGUCGGGUUAGAAAUUGCUGAGUUUCCAAAAUGAACAACUAAUCUGCAAUAUCAGUUUUACACUUCAUGACAAGUUUAAAUCUAUUGUAACUAUGUGGUAAUCCUUGUAAGCAUUUAUCACACUUGUUCUCUUUACGGGUCCAAUAACAUAUCAGUCAUGAAGCAUGGUUCUUUUUAAUUCCAUUAUUUGCAUCAUUGCUUUCACAUUUGUUUAGUUUCCUUGAGAGGAAAAUUUAUUUUGAUGUCAUGCCUGAUUUCUACUUAUAUCAAUUGUUUAAUGUUUGCUUUACUGCAACAUUGUAAAUCAAAACUUCUAAUACAAACUGUCACACUCUGCUAUUAACAUUUGUAAUCUCUGCAGUGAUGCUGUUUGUAUUAAGUGGCUAAAAUUUCUGACUGUUUUUCUAGGGAUUUUAAGGUUGCACCUUUUUAGGCAUUAAACCCAAGGACCAGAGCCUGUUUUGAAGCAUAUCUUCACACAUUUAUUUCUCCCAACGAGACACUGGAAGCUAUUAUUUGUUAAAUCUUGCCUUUAAUUUCAUAGUGUUCCCAGAGACAGUCCACAUUAUCAAAAAGAGAUUUUCAGAGCAACCAAUGCAGAGACUUUCAAUACAGUCUUCAUCUUUGUUGUAUAUGUGGAGAUAUUUUGAUUUAAAGUUGUCAAGGUCAUUUCAUUGCAAAAGCCAAACAGUAAAAAUAAAAGCAGAAAAUGCUACAUUUUCAUUUUAAAUGUAAAAAUAAAUUUGGUCAGAUAUUGUUUCACGUAUUAUCAAGAACAACUUGUAGUACAAUAAAUAUUCAUAGUUCUAGGUAUCCAUCUUUUAGACAUUGCCCUCUGACCGAGGAAAUCACAGGCUCAAGGUCCACUUCAGAGACGUGAGCACAUAAUAUGGCACUUCAGUGCACCUUCGAGGAAAUAAAAGAUCCCAUGAUUGAACUUGAGCAGAAUCCUUCUGUUAACCUGGCUGAUGUUAUCUCUCGACCAUCCUGACUAACAUUUUACAAAAACAAAGUAUUAUAAAGUGAGAGGUCUGAAAUAUAAACAGAAAAUGCUAAAAGUGCACAGCAUCUCUUCAGAGAGAAAUAUAGCUGGCUUUGUGUGAUUGCUGCAGUCACCAUCAUUAGAAUUGUGACUACAUUUCGAAUGUGCCUAAUUUACUAUGAAGCAUUUUGAGAUGUCCUGGAAGGCAGACUAUAAAUUAUUUUUGUUCUGUCUUUAUUUCACAAGGGUAGCUCUACCUCAUGGUAUUUUACCUUUGUAUAAAUAUUUUCUCUUGUAUCUAGUGGUGGAGUGGCUUUGUACCACAACUAGACCUUGGAUGCUCAAUAAUAUAUCUCAUAGAUGUGAAGCACCUUCCUUACUAUUUAUUACAUUCAAGCUGUUCUUCCAUCUGUAAAAAUUUAUUUGAUCAACACAUGCUCAUAAAGCCUUGUUUUACUGUA